UAAUGUGUUUUAAUAUUCAAAGGAUCUGACUUGUCUGAUGCGACUGCUGAGGGGGAGGAUAAAGAAGUGAGGAAAGGAGGUACAGAAUCGUUUCUUGUGGCAUUAAUGGAAUGUGUAUUCAAAUGUUGCCUGUGCACAGUACAAAAUCAAGUAAAACUGUAUAUGAUUUGUUUUAUAUACCCCUUAUUUAUCAGAUGCCUGUCCUAAAAUUCCAGCCUUUCCCACCCCACCAAUGAAAAUAUCAAAGAAUGGUGAGUUGUUGCUAAGAUUACCAUGCUCAUUUUAACUGGAUUCAAAUUUUAAGAAUGUUUUAAGAAAUACUUUCUAUACCGAUUUGAUUUGUUUAGGUUCGCCCAGGUCUGUUGGCCGUGACAGGUCAACUAGUGGUGACUUAACUUUUACUUUUUAAGAAUAUCAAAUCAGCAUGCAUGUAACUAACACUUGAUAAUGACUGACUGAGGUUUUGCAUCUGCGUUGCUUAGGCACAUGUAGGUCUAUGGGCCAUGACAGGCCAUCUAGUCGUACAUCUAGGUCUGUGGGCCGUGACAGGUCAACUAGUCGUACAUCUAGGUCUGUGGGCCGUGACAGGUCAACUAGUCGUACAUCUAGGUCUGUGGGCCGUGACAAGUCAACUUGUGGUUUGUCAAGGUCCAGUUCUAUGAGCCGGGACAGUUCAAGUAGUCGUUCGUCCACGUCCGUGGGCCGGGACAGUUUAAGUAGUGUACCCAGGUCCCAGGCUGUGGAGAGCAAGUCCAUAGAUGGUCUUACACAUGAAAGUUCCAAAUACAAUAGGACUGUGCCAACCACAUUCCCGAUGUCAGAAGCGAAGUUCCAAAAAAUAGUACUCACAAAGCUGGUGACUCUGACUGAUGAAGUCAAAAAACUGCAGAGGAGCAUGCCUCACUCUGGAAUUGAAAUAACAAGGAUGGACACCUUGGAAGAGUUCCAGAGGGAGGAGGCUUCUCUUCAGGAAACAACUAAAUUUGAAACCUUGGUUUGUCAGCUGGCAAGAGUGGGGGAUAAAGACAUUAAAGACUGCACGUACAAAAUGUUGGACAGGGUCCUCACCAAUCAACUGAUGACCCUUUUCAACAUGAAGGGGAAGGGCAAAAAAGAGAAAAUGCGAUUUGAAGACACAAAAUUGUUUUCAGCAAUAAAAGCUGCUGUCAUGAAAUGGGAUAAGGCAGAACUUCACAGAACUUCAGAGUCGGGGGUGGUGGCUAUAAAUGAGUUUUUUACCUUAGCAGCCACAUUUAGUUAA